AUGUCGGUUUGGUGCUCGAUAAUCCACGAUUCGGAUGCCUCGGGAAGCGACGCGCUUACGCCGGGCAUCGGGCGAACUGAGGUAUCUAACUUGGCAAGGCUUCCAGGGACAAACUCGUCGAAAAACAGCCCGGAGUUGGCAGUCAGUCCGGAUCGCGACUUUAUCAGGAACUCCCGAGUAGAAUAUGGUGAUCAACCGUGGUUCAUCCGCCGAAACGUCGAAUCUACCUCUCCAUGGCUCACCGCUGCUCUAGCGGACCCUGAAGGCAGAAGGCCGUUGAAAAACCAAAUGGGCUUCCACGCAAUCGCAACCGCUCUCACUUCCCGUCCAGCGUCAGACGGUCAGCCAAUCUGGCUUUAG